UCACAGGCUUCAAGCUGCCCUUAUAAAGUUGUUCCACUUUUGCAUACUUCCUCAUACUGCGAGUUUCUCUGCGAAGAUGAAGCUGCUCGUUUACUUAGUCUUGCUGAAGACAGCUCUCCUUGCUUUAACAAAUGUCUUUGCAGUUGUUUUAGAACAUGAAGAGGAGGCUAAAGAAGGAAAAGUUACUGACACUUGUCCUAUAAAGCUCAAAACUAAUCGGAAAUGUGAUGAAGGAGAGGAUUGUCCAUAUCAGAUAAAUCUGCCUCCGAUGACCAUGCAGUUACCCAAAGAAUUCAGACUGCUUGAGAAGACUCUCAAAGAAGUACAGACCCUUAAAGAAGCAGUAAACAAGCUGAAGAAAUGCUGCCAAGAUUGCAAGCUGCAGGCAGAUGACAACCAAGAAAGAGACAGUAGUAAUGAAUUCCUGCUACCUAAUACAGAAACUCCAGCAGAAAACAGCAAAAUCCAAGAUAACAGAGUAAAGGAACUGCAAAGCAAAGUUAACAGAAUGGCAACCAGCCUAAAAAAUGCAAAGAACCAGAUUCAGACACUGCAGGGUCGUUUAGAGAAGAUGAGCCUCAUAAAUAUGAACAACGUAGAACAUUAUGUGGACAGGAAAGUUGCUAAUUUGACAUUUGUUGUGAACAGCCUUGAUAACAAAUGUUCUUCUAAAUGUCCAGCAAUGCAGCCAAGACCUGUUAUACAGAUAAUGCAGAGAGACUGUGCUGAUCAUUACACAGCAGGCCGAAGGAGUAACGGAAUCUACAGGAUUAGCCCUGACCCCAGAAAUGAUAGCUUUGAAGUUUACUGUGACAUGCAAACACAUGGAGGUGGCUGGACAGUGCUGCAACGGCGUCAGGAUGGUAGCACUAACUUUAACAGAACCUGGAAUGACUACAAAAAUGGCUUUGGAAACCUCAGCAGGGAGUUUUGGCUGGGGAAUGACAAAAUUCACCUCCUGACAAAGAGCCAGGAAAUGCAACUGAGAAUUGAACUUGAAGAUUUCAAUGGUAUCAGAGAGUACGCGAAAUACGAACACUUCUAUGUGGCCAACGAAUACCUAAAGUACCGUCUAAGUGUCCAUGGCUACAGUGGCACAGCAGGAGAUGCCCUUCACUACAGCAAGCAUUACAACCAUGAUCAGAAGUUCUUUACAACUCCAGACAUGGACAAUGAUAGGUAUCCAUCAGGAAACUGUGGAGCAUAUUACAGCUCUGGCUGGUGGUUUGAUGCAUGCUUGUCUGCCAACCUCAAUGGCAAGUACUACCACAAGAAAUACAAAGGUGUUCGCAAUGGCAUUUUCUGGGGCACAUGGCAUGGUAUUUCUGAUGAUAUUCACAAUGGAUAUAGGCAAGCCCUCAAAUCAGUAAAAAUCAUGAUCAGACCCAAAAGUUUUGUGCGGUAAUUCUACACCUUUCUCCUAACCAGUUUGCAUUGGAUUGCACUCAAAAUCAUACUUACUCAGUAUUAUACUCAGAAUUCAAGUAUUCAGUUAUGUUUGGCAUAAAUAGUUCUAGACAAAACAGCAUACUUCCACAUAAAUUUUUAGAGAUGGUUUGACCCAUAUAAUGUAUUAAAAACAGCAUGAAUGUUUUUGAAUAGUUAUUGUUUAAACUUAGCAUAGGUUGAGUCUUGGUAUCGUUAUGUAAAUAUUCUAAACAUUGCUUUUGGUGCUUUCACUGACUGUGAUAUACC